UAGCUUGUGUGUACACCAAGCUUCUGCACUGCACUUUCCCUCUCGUCCAGCUACGUCGUAUCCUCCAUGUUUCUUCCACCUGUAUCUUACAAACACUCGCCGGACUUUCAACCGCCGCCUGACGCCGUCGUUUCAUCGCCGUCGACAAUCUCUCCUCUCUCCGGCUUUGACACACUCAUCUCUACAUUAUACAUUAUUCAUUUAUUUAUCCUAUCACAACACAAAAAACCCUAAUUGAUCAAUCUCCUCAUCUCUGAUCUCACUCGAAUCACAUUCCACGUGUAACUUAAUACAAUUUCUAUGUUUUUCAAUUUCGAUUUCAACGUGUUUGUAAUUAUAUACUAUAUUUUGGUUUUUAUAAUUAUAAACAAAGGUCCUACGAAUUUAGAUGCUGUUCAGGCGAUUCUUUUAUAGGAAGCCGCCCGAUAGGCUUCUCGAAAUCUCCGAGAAGAUCUACGUGUUUGAUUGCUGUUUUACAAAUAAUUCUAUGGGAGAAGAAGAGUAUAAAAAAUACCUAGGUGUUGUUGUAUCACAACUCCGUGACUACUAUCAAGAUGCAGCAUAUAUGGUUUUUAAUUUUAAAGAAGUGGAGCAGAGAAGCCUUGUUUCUGAUUUUUUGUCGCAACAAAAUAUGACAGUCAUGGAAUAUCCUCGAGAAUUUGAGGGUAGUCCGUUGUUACCUUUGGAGAUGUUCCAACACUUUUUGCAUUCCAGUGAUGGCUGGUUGAAUCUAGGGGGCCAAAAUGUGGUAUUGAUGCACUGUGAAAAGGGAAGUUGGCCUAUACUUGCUUUUAUGAUUGCGGGGUUACUUAUAUAUCGUAAACAAUACAGUGAUGAAAAGAAGACUCUCGAGAUGUUAUACAAGCAAGCUUCCAAGGAACUUCUUUAUCUUUUGUCUCCUUUAAAUCCACAGUCAUCUCAGCUUAGAUAUCUUGAGUACAUAUCUCGAAAAAGUGUUGGUUCACAUUGGCCGCCUGAGGAUACACCUUUUGCUCUAGAUUGCAUUAUAUUUAGAGUCCUUCCGGUGUUUGAUGGGGGAGCAGGUUGCAGACCAGUUGUUCGUGUAUACGGGCGGGUCCCUUCUUCCACAAGUGGCAAUAAGAGUUCUAAGCUUUUAUUUUCAACUUUUAAGACCAGAAAACAUGCUCGCUUGUACAGUAAGGAAGAGUGCCACUUAGUGAAGCUAGAUUUACAUGUUCGGGUUCAAGGAGAUGUUAUUCUUGAGUGUGUUCAUUUAGGAGAAGAUUUAAUAAGGGAGGAAAUGAUGUUCAGAGUCAUGUUUCACACUGCAUUCAUUCGGCUAAAUGUAUUGAUGUUGAACCGUGAUCAAGUUGACGUUCUGUGGGAUGUAAAGGUCCGGUUUCCAGAAGACUUUGUUGCAGAGGUACUCUUUGCGGAUCCUGAUGCUCUUCCAUCUAUUAUACACACAGCAGCACCAAGUGAUGAUGCACCAAGUGACGAUGGGACUGAGACACAAAAAUCUUCACCUGACGAGUUCUUUGAAGCCGAAGAGAUAUUCAGUAAUUUAGUUGAUGCACAUCUAGGAAAGGAGCAAGACAAUGAAGUGGAUUCUGAAUCUUUCCAUGAACUGAAACCAAUUACUUUGAAUAACAUCGAUGGUGAGGAACACACCACUACACACGUUGUCUCCAACUCAGAGACAAAAGAUGAACAGGAGAACAAAUUGAACCGCUCAUUGAGGUUAGAAAGGCAGAAUUCACCUCCACCUCUUUUGGACAUGAUUACUCCUCCAACUCAGUCACCUUCCUCAAGUCCUCCAGAGGCACACACCACUGCACACGAUGUCUCUGGCUCGGAGACAAAAAAUUUACAGGAGAACAAAUUGAACCGCUCAUUGAGGUUAAAAAGGCAGAAUUCACCUCCACCUCUUUUGGACAUGAUUACUCCUCCAACUCAGUCACCUCCCUCAAGUCCUCCAGAGGCACACACCACUGCACACGUUGUCUCUGGCUCGGAGACAAAAAAUGUACAGGAGAACAAAUUGAACCGCACAGUGAGGUUAAAAAGGCAGAAUUCACCUCCACCUCUUUUGGAAAUGAUUACUCCUCCAACUCAGUCACCUCCCUCAAGUCCUCUAGAAGCACAUACCACUGCACACGUUGUCUCUGGCUCGGAGACAAAAAAGGUACGAGCGAACAAAUUGAACCGCACAGUGAGGUUAAAAAGGCAGAAUUCACCUCCGCCUCUAUUGGAAAUGAUUACUCCUCCAACUCAGUCACCUCCCUCAAGUCCUCCAGAGACACACACCACUGCACACGCUGUCUCUGGCUCGGAGACAAAAAAUGAACAGGAGAACAAAUUGAAUCGCUCAAUGAGGUUAAAAAGGCAGAUUUCACCUCCACCUCUUUUGGACAUCAUUAGUCCUCCAACUCCUUCACCUCCUUUGAUCCAAACUUCUCAUCAAAAAUUUUCUGAACCAACAGUUCCCCCAGGCCCUCCACCUAAAAUCGAUCCAAAACCCCAGAUUCUGCCACCUCCACCAGUUAAUGAUCCUUCCCCGCUUCCUGAUUCUUCAGCUCAUACUCCCACUCUGUCGGUUCCUGUGCCUCCAUCUCCUGCUCCAUCAGUCCGCAUAGCGCCACCACCCCCACCUCCGCCUCUUCCUCCUGGAGCUAGUGAGUCUGAGCCUGCACUCCCACCACCACCACCACCACAUCCACCACUUCCUCCUGGAGCUAGUGAGUCUGAGCUUGCACUCCCACCACCACCACCACCACCUCCACCUCCACCACUUCCUCCUGGAGCUGAUGAGCCUGGACCUCCACUUCCACCACCACCGCCUAUAGCUAAUGGGCCUGGACCUCCACCUCCACUACCACCGCCCAUAGCUAAUGGGCCUGGACCUCCACCACCACCACCACCACCACCUCUUCCCCCUGGAGCUGAUGAACCCGGACCUCCUCCUCCACCACCCCCUCCUAUGGGAGGAAAUGUGCCUGGGCCUCCUCCACCACCCCCUCCUAUGGGAGGAAACAUGCCUGGACCUCCUCCUCCACCCCCUCCUAUGGGAGGAAAUGUUCCUGGACCUCCUCCUCCACCCCCUCUUAUGGGAGGAAAUAUGCCUGGACCUCCUCCUCCACCCCCUCUUAUGGGAGGAAAUAUGCCUGGACCCCCUCCUCCACCCCCUCCUAUGGGAGGAAAUAUGCCUGGACCCCCUCCUCCACCCCCUCCUAUGGGAGGAAACGUGCCUGGACCCCCUCCACCUCCUGGCCUUGGACCUCCCCCACCUCCUGGCCCUGGACCUCCUCCACCCCCUGGUGCUGGCCCUGGUCCUCCUCCACCUCCUGGCCCUGGCGGUGGCCCUCCUCCACCUCCGGGAUCUGGUCAUUCUAGUGGUGGCCCUAUUGGUUUUCUUACUAGAGGCUUGCAGGUUGGAAGAAGAGCUUUAGGACCUAAGAAGAGUAACCUAAAGCCACUUCAUUGGAGCAAGGUAACCAGGGCAUUGCAAGGAAGCGUAUGGGAUGAACUACAAAGACGCGGAGACCCUCAAAAUGCACGGGAAUUUGAUAUGUCUGAAAUCGAGACCCUUUUCUCUGCCGCUACAAAGCCAAAGGAAACCAAGAAAUCCGAAGCCAAGGCUGCUGCUCCCAAAUCAGAAGUAAUUACACUGGUUGAUCAUAAGAGGGCUUAUAACACUGAGAUUAUGCUGACAAAGAUUAAAAUGCCUCUUCCUGAGAUGACGGCUGCAGCUUUAGCAAUGGAUGAGUCGAUUUUAGACUGUGAUCAAGUCGAAAAUCUUAUAAAAUUCUGUCCUGCAAAAGAAGAGAUAGAACUCCUAAAGGGUUACAAAGGCGACAAAGAAAAACUGGGAAAGUGUGAACAGUUUUUAUUAGAGUUGAUGAAAGUUCCAAGGGUGGAGUCUAAGUUGAAGGUUUUUCUUUUCAAAAUUCAGUUUAAUUCCCAGAUUGCAGAUUUUAAGAAGAGUCUAAAUGCUGUAAUUAUUGCAUGUGAUGAGGUUCGGAAUUCACAAAAGCUGAAGGAAAUCAUGAGUAAAAUAUUAUUUUUGGGAAAUACCUUAAACCAAGGAACAGCUAGGGGUUCUGCAGUUGGCUUCAAGUUGGAAAGUCUUCUAAAACUCAGCGACACUCGUGCAACUAACAACAAGAUGACGUUAAUGCAUUAUCUUUGCAAGGUUUUCUCGGAUAAGUUGCCACAUUUACUGGACUUCCAUGAGGAUCUUGGUACUCUGGAAGCUGCAUCAAAGAUUCAACUCAAGUUCCUAGCAGAAGAAAUGAAAUCAAUUAACAAGGGACUAGAUCAAAUAAGGCAGGAACUGGGUGCAUGUGGAAAUGACGGCGCUGUAUCACAAAUUUUCCAUAAGACACUCAAGGGGUUUAUUGGUGUUGCUGAAGCAGAAGUCAUGGCUGUACAAAAUUUGUAUGCCGUGUCGGGUAGGAAUGCUGAUGCAUUGGCACUUUAUUUUAAUGAGGAUCCUGCCAAGUGCCCGUUUGAGCAAGUUACUGCAACACUCUUAAAUUUUGUAAGAAUGUUCAAAAAAGCUUACGAAGAGAACUGUAAAAUGGAAGAACUAGAAAGAAAGAAAAAAGAGAAGGAACAAAAGGAGAAAGCACAGGAGAAAGCUAAGAAAUAGCUAGUAAUUGUUUACGUGGUUCCAUACACGGGGUUUUGAUACUUCAAAUGACCCCUCCCCUCGGUGAUUUAUGCUGUACGUCUAGAUUGCCUCGGUGACCAGAAGCCUCCCUUGUUGGCGUGUACAUAACAUGGCAAUUCAAGAAAUGAAUUGCAAAAGCCAGUUGUCUGAACUUGCAAAUGUGGAAAAUCUUGUGGGUGGCUUGCUUAUAAGGCUGGUCGGCAUUCAGACAGCAUGUCAGCUUUUCACAGCAAUGAGGGUUUGAUGCGGUCUGAGCUUGGGUUUCAAAUGAAUUAUUCAAGAAAUCCAAUCUUUCCAGUCUUAUUUGUUUCCCGAUGCGAGGUUUGAUUUGGAUCGAGCCUGGAACACAAUUUUCGCUUGCCUGGGGUCCUCGAUCAUAUCUUGGAUUUGUGAAAAGUGGACAAUGCUAUUGUAAAAAGAAAAUGACAAGACCAUGCUGUACCAUUAGAAACCAUGUACAAAACCCCCAGAGCUCUCUAUACGGAUUGUAGAUUAUCUGGUCUGAUGAUUUACUCUGUACCAUAAAAAGUUAGAUUUCACUUGACCAAUUCAAUAGGAAGCUAGAAGAUACAUUGUUGUAUAUAUGUAGUGAGGAUUCAGGAUUAGCACAGAAGAACUAGAUGGGUAGUUUUAGUGUAUAGCGAGGUAACUUCAAGAGGACAGUCUAUAUAGUGUAAUCAGAUAGAUCAUUGAAAAGCAAGCAAUAUAUAUAUUAUACAAGAUUCCCUGCUA